UGAACGACGAUAUCUUGACUCCUUCAUCAAUCUCGCCAACCUCUCCAUCGCAUCGCAUCACAUCAAACAGCAUCCAUCACAAUGUCUCUUCAAUACUUCCCCGCGGUUAAGCCCUCGGCCAUCGCCCUCGGCACCUUCUUCAACCACGGCGUCGACCUCGUCGUCCUCGCCCCCGUCUUCGGCCAGACGUACCACCGCGCAAAGGCCUCCAACACCAAGGAGGAGUUCAUCCGCUCCCGCGAGGCCAGCGGCGCCGCCAUCGCCUGGGGCACCUCUUUCGUCGGCUCUGCCCUGCAGAGCUACGGCGUCGGUGCUCUGCUCAACGCCACCGGCACCCUCAGCCACAAGGGCGCUGCGUACCUGGGUGCUCUGAUCUUUGCCGCCACCUCUGCUCCUACGUUCCUCACCCAGAUCUUCAGCGAGAAGCGGCCCCUGGACACCGUCGGCGUCAACAUCGCUGCCAAGCUGCUAGAGACUGUUGGCCUGUCCUUGGUUCUCAACUGGUGGGGAACCAGGACCAACCCCUUUGCGUAAAUGCGCAUAGUUUUUCUGUGAUGAAGUCUUUUCCUGAGGCUGGUUUCGGGAGGAGUUAAUGGAAACUCAUGAUCAUGUCACGCCAUCGCGUCCCCGAUGGUGAAUUGUGUAUAACAUCAACCUAGUAGUCAAUUCAGUUUGGAAC